AUGCCUCCAGUCAAUAGCAAUUUACUUACUCUGUUCGCGCUAUCAAUAUUCGCUGUGAUCUUAUUAGUUGGACGUGAAUGCCGUAAACAGCGUAUUUAUGAUAUUCGUUAUUUUGGUGUUACAGCGGGUUACUCGGAGGACUCUGACUACACCUCGGACCUCAACUACCCGGUGGGGCAACAUGCCAACUGCAGCGCUUCGCAGUUCAGGACUGCUGCACACCAGAUGCACACGCCACAGAGGUCAUUGGAGGUGUCACGAGAAAAUUCUUAUGAGAGAGAAGAGUACCAUCUUCAUGGAGACACAGAUCCUCUAUAUUAUAACAGUCAGCCGAGAACUAAUAGGAUAGAGACAUGGUCGCAGCUGCAUGCUCAAGCGAGUGUAGAGUCCGCUAUAUCCUGGCGGACCGCAACCGACUGGCAGUCUGGAGAAGAGCAGCGGCGGCCAAGUCUCGAACGGCAGAAUACUUUGUACGAUGAUGGGAUGAACUAUAGUUAUGACGUCUAUAGUACUAGCACGCACAUUAGGGACCACUCACAUAUAUCUCAGCAGCCCAGCUACGAAGAGUACUUCGACUCGAGUAGCUACCCCUACCAGACCUCGUACCUGGGCGACGACUCGCGGCAGUGGGACAGCGGGGGACACACACAGUUCUUUUACGAUGACAACUACGGUCUCACACCUACCGAGUACGAAAAUGUCGUCAACAAGCGGCGGUCUUCUGUCGUCCAGCUGCCACAGAUACCGCCAAAACAGCUACCGCCUUCAUCCCGGUAUUCAGAUUAUAACGAGAUGGCGCCGUACAGACCUCGGCCGCGACGUACGACUGCUAGUCUGCCAGCGACGCCAUCGUCAACUCCCAAGCGCGGGCGUGCGUUGCCAGUCCCGCCUGGCAGUGAGACUGGGUCGCUGCGGUCGGGUCGCGGGCGCCGCUUGCCCCGCCCGCCCGCAGUCGCCGUCGCCCCCGCCCCUGCAGCCAUCCUCCCCGCGCCGCACACGAUGCCCCCCACGCCUGCGCACACACACGUGCCUUACAUUCCUGAACCUGAAAGAAUAGCAGACGAAAACUUUGGUUACGGCAGCUAUGGAUACCAAACAGAAUAUCAAACCAGUACUGAUCAAUAUCAAGACCCUAAUUACAAUACAAGUUACGACGAAGAUGGGAUGCAGCCUUUCUUCGAUGAAACUCCGCACGCAACACCGCCUGCUGCUGCUCAAAAAUCAUCAUGGAUUGAUUCAGAAACUCCGCAAUUCACAUACCCAGUGACUACUGUUGACGAUACAUUAGUGUCUAAAUCUGUGCCAAGUACUAUUACGUCUUAUUUACCACAACCACCGGUGUCUCAUCAACAAGACUCUUAUCAGGAUAGUUAUCAACAAUAUGAUGUGCAAUAUGAUGAACAGAACCAGUAUCAGUAUGACCAACAAGAUCAGCAAUAUGACAUGCAGCAAAAUCAGUAUCAACAAGAUCCAUAUCAUGACAAACAAGAGUACCUGCUUCAGCAACACACUUAUGACCAACAGUAUCAAGUAGAUCAAUCACAACAACAAUAUCAGUAUGAACAACAACAAUUACAGCAGCGUCAGUUACAACAACAGCAACAGCAAUUACAACAGCAGCAGCAGCAACAGCAAGAACAGCUAAAACAGCAACAAUUUCAGCAGCAGCAAUAUCAACAACAACAGCAAAAUCUACAGCAGCAGAAGCAACCUGCUCAACAAUUGCAAGCUAGUGUUCUUACUGGAGCAGCUACUUUAGGGUCUUUAAUGGCAGGUGGAGCAAAGAAACUUGGAAGUUUCUUCGGUGCUGCCGCUGCGGCAGUAGCUCCUCCGCCAGUGAGUCAGCCCACUGCAUCAAUAGCAGUAACGACUGCACCCACCACUCACUUUGGACCCGUUAUAGCACCUGUCACACCGUUCUCAAGUACAAGUACAACAACCAUCAACGCCUCCGUCCCAGAAGUAUCACCAUCAGUGCCAGUAUCUACAGUUACAACCUCAGCCCCAGUCGCCUUACCACGGACUCCGUCGCUAAGAAGACAGGAGUCUAUACAGAGACCUACAGUACGUCGAACGCGGACGUUGCCAGACGCCCCGGAUGACCUACCCCCGUCGGGUUACGACGAAAGUGCCUACGAGGAAGAGUACCAUAAGACUGAAUAUGAUCAAUCUAUAAGUCACGACAGAACCUCCUUGGAUAGGUAUCGCGACGACGAUUAUGUUCACGAUACCAUCCACGAAGAUGUCACUGAAGAACGGCGGAUGUCUGAGGAGCCCAGUGGGAUGCAAAAGAUUGCAUCCCCCACUCGGAACGGCUUGCAAAAGCGAAAGCCUUCCGUAGAUAGCUACCACAGUCAAGCGCCUUCAAUUAUUGACCGCAGAAUAUCCCAAAGUUCUUUUCAUCACGAAGAGAAACUGUCAGUUCCCAUAACACAAGAAGAUUCAAUCACAGAUAAAUCGAAGGUGAAAUUCCAAGAUGAUCGUACCACCUAUCAUGAGGUACCUGAUCAGACGAAUGGCUUCCACGAAUCUGAGCAUUACGAUGAGCAUGCAGAUGAAUAUCGCGAUGAAAGAGAACCUUUUCAUGAACAAGAGACGUUCCAUGAAGAAGAUGAGAAAUUCGACGAUCAAGAACAGUUCAAUGAGGCAGAUGAUCAGUACCAUGAUGAAGAUAAUGUGUUUCAUGAUGAGCAGAGAGCCGAAGAGGAUCGCAUCGAGUUUCAACCGGAGCAGCCGAAGUUGACCCCGAAGCAGUGGUGGCACCGAGCCUACAACAAAGUGGUGAUGCAGCUAAACGUGAGUAAUUUUAUCCAUUUCAACGGCAAAAAAAUAAAGUUAUAA